AUGAUAGCAGAAAAUUUUGUGACAAAAAAAUCUUUUUAUCUUCUUUAUAUUGCAUAUAGCAUUUCAAGUUUUGGUGAUAGAAUGUGGACUUUUGCUGUAUCACUUAUAAUGGUAUUAAUUGGUGGAUUAAAAUUGAUAGGUUUAUAUCAGUUAAUUGACGGCCUCUCUUCAAUGGCAUUUUCAUCAAUAAUAGGAAAUAUGUUAGAUCGCCAUAAAAGAAAUGUUGGCAUACAAGCUGUUUUAGCUGGAGCCUUAUUUUUUAAUGCUCUUUCUAAUAUUGCAUCUGGUGGAGAGAAACUUGCUUUUACAAAAGAUUGGAUUGUUGUUUUGGCAACAUACUCAGAUGGUGAUGUUACUCUAGCUGAAUGUAACUCAAAAAUGCACAUCAUUGAUCAAACAUCAGCUAUGUUAUCUCCUGUUAUUGUUGGAUAUAUGUUAACAUUUCAAUCUUAUCAAACAAUUGCUAUAGUAUUAGCUAUAUGGAAUCUUUUAUCAUGGAUUGUUGAAUUUAUUGCUCUUAAAAAACUUUAUAACUCUGUACCACAUCUUAGAACAAGACAACACAAAAAUAUUGAUAAUGGAAUACCACUUUUAGAUUCCAAAUGUAAAAAUGAUAAUAAUAAAGAAAAUAAAAAAGUUGUAAAAUUAUCCUUUUGUUCAAUGAUAAAAACAUACUUUAGGCAACCUAUAUUUUUAGCAGCAUAUGCUUUAGCAUUAUUAUAUUUUACAGUUCUUGGAUCUGAUGGUCUUGGUAUAGGUUAUGCUAAAACAAUGGGUCUUCCAGAAAUAUGGAUAGGAUAUUCAAGAUUUGUUGGUAGUGCCUUAGGAGUAUUAUCAGCAUUUGUCUAUCCAUUUAUUCAAAAAUGUAUUGGAACAGAAAAAACAAGUUUAUUAGGUUUUAUAUUACAAAUAACAUGUCUAUUAUUUUCUAUUAUAUCAAUAUUCUUACCUGGAAGCCCAUUUGAUCCAAAAGAAUUUUAUGAAACAUUUGAAUUUUCAACAUGGUUUAAAAAUAUAUUUAGUGGUGCCACUUUUGUUAGAAUGUCAGGAGAGAUAACAGGUGAAGAAGGUAGUAAUUUAUUUGUAAGUACUAGUAAAACAAUUAUCAAUACAACAUUAAUCGAAUCACCUUAUGUUGAUGAAGAAAUUAUAAAAGAUAAUUAUAUUUUUGGAUUAUCAACAAAUCCCUCAAGUGUUCUGACAUUCCUUUUUAGUAUUAUUACAGCUCGCUUUGGUUUAUGGUUAAUUGAUAUUGGUAUAACACAAAUAAUGCAAGAAAAUGUUCCAGAAAGUCAAAGAGGAACUGUUUUUGGUGUACAGGGAUCUAUAUGUAAUGCUUUUAGUGUUAUGAAAGAUAUAAUGGUUAUUCUACUACCUGAUGUUAGAACAUUUGGUAUUUUAAUAAUAAUAUCAGUUAUUGCAGUUAUGUGUGGAUUCAUUUUUUAUAUAACAUUUAUUUGUCUUCAAUAUGUUAAAAGGAAAAAGACUUUAGAUUCUGAAACUGCAGAUAUUUUAUUAAAGAUAAUUUUUACAUUUUAUGGAUAA